AGCCUGCACAAUCUUUGCGUUGUCUGCCUCCUUCUUUCUUUGUUUGCUGCUGCUGCUGUUGUUGCUGCUGCCUGCGCUCGAGGUGGUUUAGGAUCGUCGUACGUCGAUCGGACGAGAAGCGCAAGCAAGGCUGUUCGUACAAGAUGGCCGUGACCAAGAAGGCCGUGGCUGUACUGAAGGGAAAUAGCCCCGAUGUGACCGGCACAGUUGUGCUGAUGCAAGAGGAUGAUGGUCCCACUCAGGUUUCCGUCAAGAUUUCAGGGCUCGCUCCUGGGAAGCACGGAUUCCAUUUGCACGAGUUCGGCGACACCACCAAUGGGUGCAUGUCGACGGGGCCGCACUUCAAUCCGCAGAAGAAGACCCACGGCGCUCCCGAGGAUGAGGUGCGCCACGCUGGAGACCUGGGCAACGUUAUCGCCGGCCCCGAUGGCAAGGUCGAGGUGACGAUCACGGAUGCGCAGAUUCCUCUCUCAGGACCCCAAUCGGUCGUCGGCAGAGCCUUCGUCGUCCAUGAAGCGGAGGAUGACCUUGGAAAGGGUGGGCACGAGCUCAGUUUGUCGACUGGAAAUGCUGGAGGCCGUCUUGCCUGUGGUGUCGUCGGAUUGACCCCUGCUUCCACUCCCCUGUAAUUGUGGCGAACAUAGUCACCCGGUACGUGCUAUUGUGCUAGCCGAUGUCCGGGGAUCACUCUUGGUCGCUGUGUUUUCAAUUGGGAACGAUCUUUAUCGGACAUUUGAGUGCCAUCCCAUCAAUGUAAGAAAUUGACCUCGUUAUAUACAAAGUGAAAAGUCCGUGUUGUAA